AUGGGAAGCAGCAGACAAGGAGAAAUUGUGGUUGGCAAAGAAGAGGUUAUCGCUAAACUCAAGGAUGAUGGCGACUUCGACAAGCUUCGUUUAAAGAUCAUUCGUAAGCUCAAGGACAAUGAGGAGCUACGACAACAUAUUAUUUCAAUCGUGAAACGGUCAGAGGCGCUCAAUCGUGCUGGCGCAGAAAAUAUGAAACCUAGACAGCUUUCUGAUGUCAUAUAUGAAGAAGUUGGUGAGAAUGUAAUGAGCCACAUAUCCGAUAGUUUAUGGCAAAUAAUCAGAUCAGAUGACGGCAUGAAAGGUGAAAUCAAGGAAACAGUGCAAUCUGUCUACGAUAAGCUGGCAAACCCCAAAGGAAAAGAUGAAGUUCUGUUAUCAACAUCUGAUGCAAUGCCAGAUCAGACUCAGGGUGAAACAGCUUCAGCUACUGAGAAUGAUGACUCUUUGCAUGAAAAUGAGCCGCAAGAGCCGCCAGGUUUCACUCUUGUACUGAAUCAUCCGAAUAAUAACAACCACGAGGAUCAGGAUAAAGGGAAGGCACAAGUUCAGAGGCAAGGAUCGACUGCAGAGUGCAGGGAAGAUUCCCACCUGUCACAGGAUACACUUGUUGAAGAUGAUCAUAACAUUUCACCUCCUGGGUUUUCAAAAGACACUGAGCAUAGUCCCGUAGCUGAUUGUAGUGAUGAAGACCCUGAUGUACCGCCUGGUUUUGGUUGA